CGCCGCCGCCGCCGCGGGCGGGCCCGUCCCCCAGCGUCCCCCCCGAACACCAUAGGCGGCUCCGGCUCCAAGAUGUCCAACCGGGUGCUCUGCCGGGAGGCCAGCCACGCCGGCAGCUGGUACACGGCCUCAGGACCCCAGCUGAAUGCACAACUAGAAGGGUGGCUUUCUCAAGUACAGUCCACAAAAAGACCUGCAAGAGCCAUUAUUGCACCCCACGCAGGAUACACGUACUGUGGAUCUUGUGCAGCCCACGCUUACAAACAAGUGGAUCCUAAUAUCACCCGAAAAAUUUUCAUUCUUGGGCCUUCCCAUCACGUGCCCCUCUCCCGAUGUGCACUUUCCAGUGUGGAUAUUUACAGGACACCUCUGUAUGAUCUCCGAAUUGACCAAAAGAUUUAUGGAGAAUUGUGGAAGACUGGAAUGUUUGAGCGUAUGUCCCUACAGACAGAUGAAGAUGAACACAGUAUUGAAAUGCAUUUGCCUUAUACUGCUAAAGCCAUGGAAAGCCAUAAGGAUGAGUUUACUAUUAUUCCUGUGUUGGUCGGAGCACUGAGUGAGUCAAAAGAGCAGGAAUUUGGAAAACUCUUCAGUAAAUACCUAGCUGAUCCUAGUAACCUCUUUGUGGUUUCUUCUGACUUUUGCCAUUGGGGUCAGAGGUUCCGUUACAGUUACUAUGAUGAAUCCCAAGGAGAAAUUUAUAGAUCCAUUGAGCACCUAGAUAAAAUGGGUAUGAGCAUUAUAGAGCAGCUAGAUCCUGUAUCUUUUAGCAAUUACUUGAAGAAAUACCAUAAUACAAUAUGUGGAAGACAUCCUAUUGGAGUGUUAUUAAAUGCUAUCAACGAGCUCCAGAAGAAUGGAAUGAAUAUGAGCUUUUCAUUUUUGAAUUACGCUCAGUCAAGCCAGUGUCGGAACUGGCAAGACAGCUCAGUGAGUUAUGCAGCUGGAGCACUUAUGGUCCACUGAACCACUGAAUGCUCAGGGAUGGCACCUGCACACACUCUGUAUACGGGGUCCCAGCCUAGCCCUUACAAAGAUACAGUCCCUGGUCUUUGGGUAUACUGAAACCUCAAACUAAUAGAACUCUGUUCUUUUCUAGUAGGUGUAGUCCUUCCUUAGUUUCAACUCAUUUAAAAAUGCUUUCUUGUUUAGGACAAUGGAAGGAAGGCUGGUAUAAGAACUUUUUGUGCUUUUUUUUUUUUAUUUGCCUUUUUUUUUCUUUUUUUGUUUUUUGGGGAAGAGAUAAUGGCUGUGAAGGCAUGGUGGUAGACUGUCCUUACAAAUACAACAUAUAAAGCAUUUACCAUAUCCUAAAUUUGCACUCUCUGCAGACCUGUGCACAUAUACUCUGCUUUCAGAAUAGUUUUGCAAGUUGUAAACGGAAAAAGGGGGUGGAAGCUUUUUAAUAAAAGAAAAAAAAAAAGGAAAACAACGCAUUUAUAAAUUAUCCUGUAUUAGAAUAUAAUAAAACUCCAAUAUAGUCAGUUACUACCCGUGAUGUACAACAGAUAUCUUCUAUUUUAGUUGCUAAUAAAGGGCUACACAAACCAAAA